AGAGAACAAUGACUCUAUGCGAUUUGAACAUUACAAUCCGCAAUUUUCUUUCCAUUUAGAGAGUAUAGUGUCGGUUUAGGGCUGCAAUGCUUACGAAGCGUUGACCGAAUUAAAUGGAGCACAGAUUAACAUCGUGGAAAAAGCUAAGGACUACAAAUGCCAAGCCAGGUGUAUUCUUCCUAAUAAGGACCGUGAUUAUAUCGAAGGAACGUGGGUUGACCUCCCAUCUACGAAUGUGUUCGAAUGUGAUGUUAUAGAAACGAACUGUACAAACAAUGGUAGAACUGAAGCGUUUCUGCAUACGCAGAUACACGAAAAAAAAGAUUCUCAGAAAAAUUCAAGACCAGACGUGUAUGUUUUCAUUAUCGACUCGGUUUCUUCAUUUAUGAUGAAAAGAUCAUGUCCAAAAACGCUUGAAUAUCUGAAAAGCAUGGGCGGUGUUCAAAUGGAGUUCCUCAAUAAGGUUGGCGACAACAGUCGACCGAAUGGAUUUGCACUCGCCUUCGGAACUCCGAAACUAGCUCAAGUGUGGCCAACAACCUUGGCACAUGAGACAUUGAAGGAUCUCUACCAUUCUGAUGAACAAUUUUUGGCGUUCUUCAAAAAAAAUCGAGAGUUCAUAGAUCAGUCGUUCUUCAUAAUGAUGGGCGAUCACGGACCACGGCGAGACGGAAUUGGCGAAACGCUUCUGGGAAAGUAUGAGAAUUCGAAUCCAUUCCUCGUUGUGCUAAUUCCAUCCAAGUACCGUAGUACAUCGAUACAUUACGAACUAUACAAGAAGGCUAACGAGUUGAUAACCCAUUUCGACCUACACGCGACGCUCAUGGACAUAUUAAAGUUACAACCGGAUGCUGAGUUUUCGGACACCUCCUAUCGUGAGCUCGCACCAUUAAGCAAAGGAUCGUCGCUGUUCAGAGAGUGGCGAGGAGUAAGAAACUGCCGGACGCUACCAAUACCAUCUGCAUAUUGUAUAUGUCAGUACAACAAAACUGCUGUGACCGAUCAGGUGUUGAUAAUAAAACUGGGCAACUUCUUCGCUGAGCAACUGAACAAGCUUUUGCACAACAGCGGAUUGAAGAACAAGUGCCAGAUGCAGUAUUACAACUCGACCUCGACUAUCACGCAGAUUGAGGACGGCGACGCUGUGAUUUAUGACAUAGCUGUGUAUCUCAAACCUUCAGGUGGACUGCUAACGGCACACGUUCGUUCAAAUUCUGCCGGCCUGAAGCUGAGCUCCGGAUUUUCCCGUCUAAACCGUUAUGGACGACAAGGAGACUGCCUAAUCGGCAAUCCUUUGCGACCACUCUGUCAUUGUAUUGGUACUACUGCUCCAUAG